GUACCGAGUAGUGACAUCCGAGUCAGUGGAGUGACUCAACCUCACUAAUUGAACAACAUAUACAUUCUUCUUCCAUCUCAUCUUCCACCAUUUUCAAAACAGCAAUGAUGUCAAUGGCGUCUCUCAAUUCUCUCUCAUUCCGUCCACCAUCUCUAUCCAUUCCUUCAUCUAAACUCAACCUCCAUUACUCUCUUCCACUUUCUAUCUCCUAUUCUUCUUCACAUAUCACUUCGGUUGCUACUCAAUCAAUUUCCAUCACCGACAUUGAUGUGGGCCAAGAUUUACCCUCGGAUUACGACCAGUAUCUCCCGAAGAAAACCCUAGAAGAUCGCCGGAGAGCAGGAAUUCUUUUACAUCCUACGUCGUUGCCCGGACCUCACGGCAUUGGCGAUCUCGGUCAACAGGCUUUUCGAUUUAUUGAUUGGCUUCAUGAUUCUGGUUGCUCUCUUUGGCAGGUUCUUCCAUUGGUUCCUCCAGGUCGAAAAGCUAAUGAAGAAGGCUCGCCGUACUCUGGCCAGGAUGCCAAUUGUGGGAACACUCUUUUGAUUUCUCUUGAAGAGCUUGUAAAGGAUGGGUUAUUGUACCCAGAAGAACUCCCGGAACCUUUAGAUGCAGAAAAAGUAAAUUUUGAUACUGUUGCUCAGAUUAAAGAUCCUUUGAUUGCAAAGGCUGCAGAGCGACUUAUAAUGAGUGAUGGAGAACUUAAAAGGCAGCUUCAAGAUUUUCAAAGAGAUCCUAAUAUAUCUAGCUGGCUUGAGGAUGCAGCAUAUUUUGCUGCAAUUGACAGUUUGUGUAAUACAUUGACUUGGUAUGAGUGGCCUGAGCCUUUAAAAAACCGUCACCUCUCUGCUCUAGUGAAAAUUUAUCAAAGCCAAAAGGACUUUAUUGACUUGUUCAUCGCCCAGCAGUUUUUAUUCCAAAGACAAUGGAAAAAAGUUCGUAAUUAUGCGCAACUAAAGGGAAUCAAGAUCAUGGGAGAUAUGCCAAUCUAUGUGGGUUAUCACAGUGCAGACGUCUGGGCUAACAAAAAACAGUUUUUGCUGAACAGGAAAGGCUUUCCUCUAUUAGUCAGUGGUGUUCCUCCUGAUGCAUUUAGUGAAACCGGUCAGUUGUGGGGCAGCCCUUUAUAUGAUUGGAAAGCUAUGGAGAGAGCAGGAUUUUCAUGGUGGAUACGUCGAAUUCGACGGGCGACAGAUCUGUAUGAUGAGUUCAGGAUUGAUCAUUUUCGUGGUUUUGCUGGUUUUUGGGCUGUUCCUUCAGAAGCAAGGAUUGCAACAGUUGGUCGAUGGAAGGCUGGGCCUGGAAAAUCACUGUUUGAUGCAAUCUUUAAGGCUGUUGGACAAAUUGACAUUGUUGCUGAAGACCUGGGUGUUAUCACAGAGGACGUAGUUCAGCUAAGGAAAUCUAUUGGAGCACCUGGAAUGGCUGUCCUGCAAUUUGGUUUUGGAAGCGAUGCAGAAAACCCUCAUCUUCCGCAUAAUCAUGAAAUUAAUCAAGUAGUAUAUACUGGCACUCAUGAUAAUGACACGGUUGUAGGCUGGUGGGACAACCUGAAACAAGAAGAGAAACAUCAUGUGCAAAGGUACCUUUCCCUCAAGAAGGAAAAUGAUAUUUCUUGGGGACUCAUCCAAGGUGCAUUCUCUUCAGUAGCAAAAACAGCAAUCAUACCAAUGCAAGAUGUUCUUCAACUUGGGAGUUCUGCAAGGAUGAAUAUUCCAGCUACUCAGUUUGGGAACUGGAACUGGAGAAUACCAGCUUCUAUGAGUUUUGAAAGCUUGGAUUCCGAGGCUGGAAAAUUGCGAGAUUUGUUGUCGAUGUAUGGCCGGUUGUAAAAGUUGCUGCUUAAUGAGGUUUGGUACUUGUCUUCUGCAAUUUUGCAGUAAUUAAUGCAGAAGAUAAUUAUGGUCAAUUUGUCAAAAUGGUACUUGUAUUUCAACAGGAAAAGUUAAAUUAAACAAAAAGUCUUCUCUAUUUCCUUAGUUAGGCAAGCCUUUAGUUUAUCAGCUAAUAAGAGUACUCAUUUGCUCUUUAAAAUAAAUGAAAUGUAUAUCUUAAAUUAAAGUUUUUUUUUUUUUUUUUUUUUACCAAACCUUAUAAAAAUAGUAUUACAAUUGUAACUUGUUUUAUCUAUUUACUUCGUCAA